CUGUCGUCUACUGUCAUAUACGUUUUCCACGAAUGUGAUUUGAUGGUCGUGUUUGCGUCAAACCGAAAUUAAACUUCUUGUCGGGCGGAACAAAAGUUUGACUGUUUUCUUGAAAGAAAGACGCAGAGGUCUGUGGUGUUUAUUUAUUUGCUCAAAGCAAGAAAUAACACAAAACGAUCAUUUCGAGAUUGAGAUAAAAACAGUGUUUUAAGAGACCAGCAAACGGCGACGGUUGUUGAAGUGCACACCCCACCUCUUGUCAUUAAUUCAUCAGAUAUUCAUUGUCACCUACUUCAACAAAAAAAGAAAGAAAAUGAGUACAACAAAUACGGCAGCUGCUCCAGCCCCACAAAGCGCUCCAGCCAUGAAGCUGAAGGGUGUUGUUAAACAGGUUUUGUCUGGUGAUACAGUAGUUAUACGUGCCAACAAAGGUGCCCCUCCCCCAGAGAAACAAAUUACCUUCUCAUAUGUUCUUGCUCCCAAGCUAGCCCGCCGUCCUGGUGCCGGUGGUGAUGAGACCAAGGAUGAACCUUGGGCUUGGGAUUCCCGCGAAUUUUUACGCCAAAAAUUAAUUGGCAAAGAUGUAACCUUUUCAUUUGAGAAGCCACCAAAUUCGAACCGUGAAUACGGUUUCGUCUGGUUGGGCGAUGAGAGUGGUGAAAAUGUUGUGCAGACCAUGGUGAAAGAAGGUUUGGUCACCGUACGCCGCGAUAGCCGUCCCCCCGAACCACAAAAACAAGAAGAAUUACAAAAACUGAUUGAAUUGGAAGAGCAAGCUAAACAUGCCGGCCGUGGAAAGUGGUCAACAAGUGCCAAUUCCAAUGACCAUGUGCGCCAAAUCAAAUGGACUCAAGAUAAUCCCUCGCAAAUAGUUGAGUUGUUUGGUGGCAAACCUGUAAAAGCCAUUAUCGAGCAUGUACGUGAUGGCUCUACGGUGCGUGCCUUCCUGCUGCCCGACUUCUAUUACAUAACCUUGAUGAUAUCGGGUAUCCGUUGUCCUGGUGUCAAACUGGAUUCCGAGGGUAAACCUGACUUGAAGGUUAAGGUUCCUUAUGUCGAUGAGGCCCGCUUCUUUGUGGAGACCCGCUUGUUGCAACGUGAAGUGCAGAUUCUUUUGGAGUCUGUCAACAAUGCCAAUUUCAUUGGCACAAUUUUGCAUCCCAAGGGCAACAUUGCGGAGUCUUUGCUGCGUGAAGGUCUGGCCAAAUGUGUUGACUGGUCAAUGGCUCUGAUGAAAGGAGGUGCCGACAAACUGCGUGCCGCUGAACGUGUUGCCAAGGAGAAACGUUUACGCCUGUGGCAUGACUACAAGUCGAACGCGCCCACUUUCAACACCAAGGAGAAAGAUUUUACUGGUGUGGUUGUCGAAGUAUUCAACGGUGAUGCCAUCAAUGUUAAAUUGCCCAAUGGCCAAAUAAAGAAGGUCUUUUUCUCCUCGAUUCGUCCACCACGUGACACCCGCGUCGCUGCCGGUGCUGAUGGUGAAGAGGUGAAAGCACCCCCUCGUUCUAAGAACUACAGACCCCUGUAUGAAAUUCCCUUCAUGUUUGAGGCUCGUGAAUUUUUGCGCAAAAAAUUGAUCAACAAGAAAGUUCAAUGCAAUUUGGAUUAUAUUUCACCCGCUCGCGACAAUUUCCCCGAGAAGUAUUGCUAUACCGUAACUAUUGGCGGACAAAACGUGGCCGAAGCCAUGGUUGCCAAGGGUUUGGCAUCUGUGGUGCGCUACCGCCAGGACGAUGAUCAGCGCUCCUCGUGCUAUGAUCAAUUGUUUGCUGCUGAAAAUCAAGCCAUUAAGGGUCAGAAGGGUAUGAAUGGCAAAAAGGAUACUGCCACCAUGCGUGUGAACGAUUUAACGGUUGACCACUCCCGCAUUAAGAUUCAAUAUUUGCCUUCGUGGCAGCGUGCAUUGCGGACGGAGGGUAUUGUUGAAUUUGUGGCUAGUGGUUCCCGCCUACGUCUGUAUAUUCCCAAGGACAGCUGUUUGGUGACAUUUUUGUUGGCUGGCAUUUCUUGCCCUCGUUCGUCACGUCCUGCCUUGAAUGGUGUGCCCGCCCAAGAAGGUGAGCCCUAUGGCGAUGAAGCUUUAGCAUUCACCCGCGAUCGUGUAUUGCAACGUGACGUUUCGGUGCACAUUGAUACCACCGACAAGAAUGGCACCUCGGUCAUUGGCUGGUUGUGGACGGACAACAAUACCAACUUGUCUGUUGCCUUGGUGGAAGAAGGUCUGGCUGAAGUUCACUUCAGUGCAGAAAAAUCCGAAUACCAUCGCCAACUCAAGAGUGCAGAAGAUCGUGCCAAGGCUGCCAAGAAGAACAUGUGGGCCAACUAUGUGGAACAAGUGGUCGAAGAGGUACCCGUUGUUGAAGAAAAAGACGAAAAGACACCCGUGGAACGGAAAGUUCAUUUGGAGGAUGUCAUUGUCACCGAAAUUACCGAAAGCUUGUCUUUCUAUGCUCAAUCCUGUGCAAGUGGCUCAAAAUUGGACACAUUGAUGGCCAAGUUGCACGCCGAUUUCCAAUCCAAUCCACCUAUUGCUGGCGCCUACACUCCCAAGCGUAAUGAUUUGUGCGCCGCCCAAUUCUCUGCCGACAAUCAAUGGUAUCGUGCCAAGGUCGAACGUGUCCAAGACAAUAAGGCCCAUGUUUUAUACAUUGAUUAUGGCAACAAGGAGGUCGUUCCAUUUACUCGUUUGGCCUCACUGCCAUCUGGUUUCUCCAGCGAAAAGCCAUUUGCUACCGAAUAUGCUUUAGCAUUGAUUCAACUGCCUCAGGACAACGAAGAUAAAGAGGAAGCUUUGCGUGCCUUCGCCGAAGAUGUACUGAAUCGCAAGGUUCAGAUCAAUAUUGAAUUGAAGUCUGGAACAGGUCCUGCCUUAGCAACCAUCCAUGAUCCAACUACCAACAUUGAUAUUGGUAAACAAUUGGUAUCGGACGGUUUGGUUUUGGUGGAGAAACGUGGCGAACGCAAACUUCGCGAAUUAAUUGACCAAUAUAAAGUUGCCCAACGAGCUGCCAUGGAUGCCCAUUUGGCCAUCUGGAAAUAUGGUGACAUUACACAGGACGAUGCGCCCGAAUUCAGCCGCUAAACACGUGCGCUAGCCUUCCAAUAAAGCUGCGUGCGCAUUUAGCAAAAGUUGAAUGUUUGUCUGCCACAUACCCGCCCUUUAAAACAACAACAACAACAACUACAACAACAGUACACGAAAGUAAACUUCAGAAAAAAUUCAAAAACAUCCCGUUCAACUCAGACGAAGCAAAACAACAAGAAAGAUUAUAUAUAUAUAUACACAUACUAUAUAUGGUAGAGGUCUAUACAUCAGAAACAACCACAACUACAACAACAACAACUUUAUAAAAAUUAUAAAUAUUUAAUCGUGUUUAAAUAAAAAUAAAUAAAUAAAAUAACAAGCUUCCAAUACAAUAAGUUAUAUAACAACAACAACAACAACAACCAACCAACAAACAUGAACACCAACAAGAAAACUCAGCAAUCAAUCAACAACAACAACAACAAGAAGAAGAUUUAAACGAUAAAUUCCUUUUUUAUACAUUUAACAAACAAAACAUAAAAUUAUUGAAUCAACAACAACAACAACAUAUUCUAAUAAUGGUAGAUCUAUUACAAAGAACUAAAUUUUUUUCAAUUUAUAAACAAACAAAACAAAAAAAAAAAAACAAAAAUAUAUUAAAAAUAUACCGCUUUUCUCAAGUUAACUAUUAUUAAAAUAAAAGAAAACAAAAAA